CCGCCGCUCGGGACGGACGGCCUGCGGGUGGGGCCUCGCCGCUCGUUGCCGUCCGGUGCCGGAGGAGAGGGUCGGCCGCUCGCUCGCUCGCCAGCCCCGGGAGACGCCCAGGCCUCGCUCAGCCGCUCCCUCCCGAGCCGUCGGGGACAUGUCGAGGUGGGCGGAGGCCCGGUGGGCCGGCGCCAGACGGCGGACGGCGGCCGAGGCACACGCUCUCUCCUCGAGCUUUUCCCGGAGACGCCUUCCUUUACAAACGCCCCGAGCUUGAAGGAGCCGUUACGGCGAGAAGGCCCCGUCGGGACCCGGAGAAAGAAACGCCGGAUACGCACGUUUUGCAGCAGCUGUCGCGCAGGGAAUCGCUCCAGAAGCUGAGACAAUGAAGCUGUUGGAGAACUCAAGUUUUGAAGCAAUAAACUCCCAGCUGACAGUGGAGACGGGAGAUGCUCACAUCAUCGGCAGGAUCGAGAGCUACUCGUGCAAGAUGGCUGGUGAUGACAAGCACAUGUUCAAACAGUUCUGCCAGGAGGGUCAGCCGCAUGUCCUGGAGGCCCUGUCGCCUCCUCAGACCACGGGAAUCAGCCCCAGCAGGCUCAGUAAAAGUCAGAGCGGUGACGAGGAGGGACCCCUGAGCGACAAAUGCAGCCGCAAGACCCUCUUCUACCUGAUAGCAACACUCAACGAGUCCUUCCGCCCAGACUAUGACUUCAGUGCUGCCAAGAGCCACGAGUUCAGCCGGGAGCCGAGCCUCAACUGGGUGGUGAACGCUGUCAACUGCAGCCUCUUCUCUGCCGUUCGGGAAGAUUUCAACGCCCUGAAGCCACACCUGUGGGACGCCGUUGACGAGGAGAUUUGUCUUUCGGAGUGUGACAUCUACAGCUACAACCCCGACCUGGAUUCGGACCCCUUUGGAGAGGAUGGCAGCCUCUGGUCCUUCAACUACUUCUUUUACAACAAGAGACUGAAGAGGAUCGUCUUUUUUACCUGUCGAUCCAUCAGCGGGUACGCGUACACGCGCUCGGAAGCUGGCAAUGAGCUGGACAUGGAUCUCGGUGAAGAGGACACGGAGGAGAACAGGGAUGCCGGCGACACCGAGAGCGGCAGCAUUGAGGAGGACAGGUUACAAGUUAUUUGCAUGUGAGUUUCCAGAACCGCUCCGAGGUGCCUGGCGGCCCUGCCGAACCGAACCUCUGCCUGCGUCCCGCGGCGGGGCGCCCCGAGCUCCCCAACCGCCCCUGCCCAGCCGCUGCGGCGUUGCCCUGCCCGACACAUACACUGGAGUACCCCAGGCAUCUCGGAGCACGACGGACUGAAAGCAGCUGCGUCCUCCUGGCCGAAGACACGUCCCCUCGCUUUGGUGCUGCCGGCCAACGUCCCCUUUCCCCUCGCCUGCGGCAGCGCAGGCCGGGGCUCGCCGGACAGCUGUGUGGGAGCUCCGAGAAGCUUUGCUGCACUUUAUCGCUGAUCUCGUUGGCUGCACUGAACUGCAAACUCCUCGUGGCGCUGAAGCCGGGCUGGAUUUCCCUCGAGCACUUUUCUGUACUGGUUGUGACCCAGCAAACGCCGUCCGUCCACAGCACCAGCAGCGACGGAGGGAUGCCUCUGCCCAGCCUCCUCCAGAAGCAGCGUUGUUGAACUCCCCACGAACUGUCCUCCGCUCCUUCCCCAGAGAAGAGUCCGUUUGUUUCAAAGAGGUUUGCUUUGCUCUUGCCCUCCCACAGAGGUUUUCUCCAGUUUGGUUUUGUUGGUUUUGUUUUAUUUUUCUCUCUUUGCUGGGUGGUACCUGUGUCCUGCACGGUUCCCGUGCAGAGGAGUCCCCACCCUGCGGGUGAGCGCUGGACCAGGCGCCUCGGCCCGCACCCCCAGGAUUUCCUUUGGGGUUAUUUUUAAAACCACAGCUGUCUUUUGGCAGUCUGGAGGCCAGAGCAGGGCCAGAGCAUGGCAGCGGCAGCGGCCACGGUGCCGGGGCCCGGCUCAGCCCCUGCCGGGGGCUGCAGCAUCUGUUUUAGUGCUGGGGGUGAGCCCGGCCCGUGGCGGGAGCACGGUGCUGCCUCUCCCACCCACGCUUUUGUCCCCCUCACCCAGCCGCUGCGGGGGUGAGCCCCCCGCUCCACCCAAGCACCCAGAGUUUUGGGGCCAAGGUUCCCACCGCCCCUGUAUUUCAGCAGGUCAGGGAAGGCUCAGCUGAGCAGGCACAAAGGAGGAGCCGCAGCUGCUGCAGCACCGGAGCAGCCUCCAAACGCCUCCCGCCCCUGAGGGGAGCCUGCGUGGGGCAGUGCCAGUGUCACAGCUCCUUGCCCCACUGGGGUCUGCCUGUGCAGCCCCUGCCCCUCCAGCCACGGCUGUCUUGCGGGGUCUCCCUCCUUCCUCCUGCUGGGGGCUAAGCCACUUUUGGAAGGGGCUGGCUGGGAAGGUGGAGGGGAUGCCCUAAGGCUGGAGACUCGUGGCACUUGGUGGGGGCUUCCCCCCGUCCCCAGCCUGUCCUCAUCCUGGCAGGAGAUGAGAGGCUCCAGAUGAUGUUCCAGACCCGGCUCCAGCCUCCAGCCGGGCAAGGCAGGGCUCCUGGGGCGUAGAGGGAAGGCAGACAGACAGACAGACAGACACCCCCGCUCCUUCCCCCCAGGGCUGAGCGCGCAGAGGAGGGCACUGGCAGCAGCGGCAGCUCUCCCAGCUUCUCUCCCUUGCUGUAACUCUUCAGAAGCCUGUUUUUCAGUUGGAGUUUGUUUCCUCCUCGCUCUUCGGCUCCCAGCCCGCUGCUCCCUUUUUCCACCAUGGCUCACAGGCCCACCGCACCUCCCUCUGCGCCCGCCUGAGCCCCUGUGGGGUGGAGCGGGGUUUGGCCCGGUCCCACCUCCUCCAUCAUUCGCCCCCCUACUCGCGCGCUGCUGCGGCUGCCUGCCCCCCUUCCCCCCUGUCAGGGAACUUGGACUUCACAGCGUAGCAAUGUAUCCUUACACCAAUAAAGUUUUUCUGUGAUUUGA